GUAGAAGGGACCCACGCUGGAGCAGUCUGUUCCUGAAGGAUUGUGUCCCAUGGAAGUGACCUACACUGGAGCAGUUCAUGAAGAACUGCAGCCCAUGAGAAGGGACCCAUGCUGGAGCAGUCUGUUCCUGAAGGGUUGCACCCCAUGGAAGGGACCCACACUGGAGCAGUUCAUGAAGAACUGCAGCCCAUGGGAAGGGAGGGCUGUCUCCCAUGGGAGGGACCCCACAGUGGAGCAGGGAAAGAGUGUGAAGACUCUUCCCCCUAAGGAGGAAGGAGCAACAGAGGCAAUGUGGUGAACUGACCACAACCCCCAUUCCCUAUCCUUGAGUCUUGGUAAGGGAGAGGAGGUAGAGAACUGGGGAGUGAAGUGAAGCCUGGGAAGAAGGGAUGGGUAGAGGCAAGGUGAUUUUAAGAUUUGGUUUCAUUUCUCUGUUAUCCUGCUCUGAUUUGAUUGGUAGUAAAUUAGUGACUUCCUAAGUUGAGUCUGCUUUGUCCUUAAUGGUAGCUGCUGAGUGAUCUCCCUGUCCUUACCUCAGUCCGUGAGCCUUUUGUCAUAUGUUCUCUCCCCUGUCCAGCUGCAGAGGGGAGUGACAGAGCAGUUUUGGUGGGCAGCUGCCAUCCAGCCAGGGUCAACCCAUGACAUGGCAUAAUUUGAAAAUAGGUGAGGCUUGAAAUGCACAGCAGAGGUACACAGUGCUCAUCUCCACCCAACCCCUCGCACCAGAAUGUUGUGCCAGGUGAGGGCAACUACAUUGGUGCAGGAGCAGUGAUGGGCCUGUGCUGGUGGAUGUCCAUGGAACCCAUGGGUCACGCAAUGACUCACAGAUGGAGCAGGGUGUUGCACAUGGUAAGAAAUGUGCAUCCUCCCUCACAUGCCACUUCUCCAUGACUUAUUUUUGUCAUUGACACCAUCAGCACAUUGUCCUUGGUCACUGUUCACUGAAAUAUUCAAACAGAUUAAUGAGUACCUGGACUCUGAAACUACAGGACUUGGGACAGGCACAGCCACGGCCAGUGUAUGUUUUUUAAGCAGCUUCCACAACAGCGUAUUUUAAUGUGCUAACUGGGUUCUUACGAUUGUCACCAAAGUAAUCCAAAGUAAACCUCCAUGUUCUCACUACAUCCCUGCUGCUCUGAAUUCAAGAGCCACUCUUCCCUUUUCUCUUUGCCGCUGCAGUGUCAGUGGGAGCAGCGGGUUUGGAAGGCAGCCUCCUAGAGAGGUGGAAAGAGGGGACACCUUCCAGCCAAGGAUUUUGCUUUCUUCUCGUAAUGUUGAGGACAACCCUAGGGGGAGGGUAUGAAAAGGGUGGAGAAGAGUGUGACAAAGGAGUAAGGGAGACAAAAAUGCUAUGAAGAGUGAGGUUUCAGCGUGUGAGUGGUUUAUUUUCAUUCUGGCACUUUGACAGACUAAGGGGUGGGACUCUGAGCUGGGAGGCUUGGCUAAAAGGUCAGAGCAGUGCACUUGCAGGAGCACUUCACAAGACCAGCUUCCAGUGCAUGGACAGGAUUUGGGAUAUCGGCAACCUGACUGCUUAGCAGCUGACUGAAUUCUUGGCACAAGAAAGCAGUGGUGGCACGAUUUGAGACAGACACACGGGUCAACAUGAGCAUGGCUGGCAAAGUUAUUAAAUGCAAAGCUGCAGUAAUGUGGGAAGCCAAUAAACCAUUUUCUAUUGAGGAAGUGGAAGUUGCCCCACCAAAAGCACACGAAAUUCGUGUAAAGAUCGUGGCCACAGGGAUCUGUCGCUCUGAUGACCAUGUGAUAACUGGUGCACUGGUUAUGCCUUUUCCAAUAAUUCUUGGGCAUGAAGCAGCUGGUAUUGUGGAGAGUGUUGGGCAGGGAGUAACUUCAAUCAAACCAGGAGAUAAGGUUAUUCCACUCUUUGUGCCGUAUUGUGGGGAGUGCAGCAGUUGCUUAAGCUCCAAGAGUAAUCUGUGCAUCAAGAAUAACAUUUCUUCAGGUGGUGGAUUCAUGCUUGAUGGCACCACUAGAUUCACGUGUAAAGGAAAAGCAAUUCACCAUUUUCUUGGUACCAGCACCUUCACUGAAUACACAGUACUGCAUGAAAGUUUUGUAGCCAAAAUUGAUCCUGCUGCUCCUCUGGAAAAAGUUUUUCUAAUUGGCUGUGGGUUUUCAACUGGUUACGGGGCUGCUGUGCAGACUGCCAAGGUGGAACCAGGCUCUAUCUGUGCCAUCUUCGGCCUUGGAGGAGUUGGUCUCUCUGUUAUCAUGGGCUGCAAGGCAGCUGGAGCUUCCCGCAUCAUUGCUGUUGAUAUCAAUAGUGACAAGUUUGCCAAGGCCAAAGAACUGGGAGCCACAGACUGCGUCAACCCUAGAGAUUUCAAGAAGCCUAUUCACGAGGUGUUGAUCGAAAUGACUGGCCAUGGUGUGGACUACGCUUUUGAGGUUGUCGGCCAUAUCGAAACCAUGGUCGCAGCCUUGGCCUGUUGCCAUUACAACUAUGGAGUCAGUGUGGUUGUGGGAGUGCCUCCUGCAGCACAGAAGAUCACUUUUGACCCCAUGCUCCUCUUCACUGGUCGCACCUGGAAAGGCUCCGUCUUUGGAGGCUGGAAGAGUAAAGAUUCAGUCCCUAAACUGGUUGCUGACUACAUGAAGAAAAUAUUUGUUCUGGAUCCAUUAAUAACUCAUAGACUUCAUUUCACUAAAAUCAAUGAAGGAUUUGAUCUGCUAAGGACAGGGAAGAGUAUUCGCACUGUCCUGGUGUUUCAGGACUCCUAAUUGUUAACAGCAGAUGGCUUAGCACCAGUACAAACUUCAUUAUCCUCCAAUACAACUGGUAUGAAACACAAGCCAAGAUGGUUCUGAAAGGUCCACCACUUCCCCUCGGAAUAAAAGGAUCAAGCUCAAACCCCAGACUCCAAGCACAGUGCUUAAUAAAUGAAAUAGUAUUUUUCCCUCUGCCUCUUUGUACUGAUUCUUGCUUUAAAUCCUCGUUACACAGAAGAAAUUAUGCUGCAGUUUUCCUCUAAUAGCAUAUUAUGAAUGACAGGACUUGUUGUUAAAAGUGUUAGAAAAGGUUUGGAUUUUUUAAGUGGCCUUUAAUAUGCAAUCUUUUAAUAAAAGCAAAAUGAAGGACCUUUAUAA